AUGGGAAAUUACAUCUCAUGCGCUUUCGUAGCUCCGAAGCUGAGGAAUCACAGAUCCGCUAGGGUUCUUCUCCCCGGCGGCGAAAUUCGCCAGUUCCGGCAGCCGGUCAAGGCGGCGGAGCUCAUGCUCGAUUCACCCAGCUACUUCGUCGCCAACUCCAAAUCGUUAAUCAUCGGCCGCCGAUUUUCGCCGCUGUCGGCGGACGAGGACUUGGAGUUUGGAAACCUCUACGUUAUGCUCCCGAUGAGGAGAGUCAAUUCCGUCGUCACCGCCGCUGACGUCGCCGUUUUCCUGAUGUCGGCCAAUUCCGCGCCGAAGCGGUUAUCCGGCGGCGGCGGCGGAAGCGCCGUCCGAGUGUCUCCGGAGGCGGCGGCGGCGGCUGACAAUUCGAGUGAGAAUGGACGGCCGAGAUUGAGUUUGGAGGAUAUGGCGCCGGAGUAUCAGUUUAGACUGGCCGUGUGCAGGUCGAAGCGGCCGGGGUUGGAUACAAUUAUUGAAGAGCCAAUUUUUUCUAGGUGA